AACAUGGAGAUCGCGCCAGUAUCGUGCAAUUCAACCCAAAUGGGUGCAAUGAGUGUUCUCACGAGAAUAUUGCUCCAUCAACUCAUUUUAUCUCAGUGCAAUAUUCAUCCGCCAUCAAUGGCAAAGAGAGAUGUUGGCGAGACGUUGCUUGAACAAGGAUUUCUUGACAAUUACGACUUUGUUGUCGUCGGCGCAGGAUCAGCUGGUUCCGUGGUCGCCAGUCGCUUGAGUGAGAACCCAAAGUGGAAGGUUCUAUUACUGGAAGCCGGCGGAGAUCCUCCACUUGAAUCAGAGAUACCGGCAAUGGUUUUUGACUUGGUUGGAUCUGAAUACGAUUGGAAAUAUCGCACUGAGAAGUCCGAUAAGGCUGGUUUGGCGUCCGAGGGCAUUUCCUGGCCACGUGGGAAAAUCCUCGGCGGUUCCAGCAGCAUCAAUGUGAUGCUGUACGUCAGAGGCAAUCGCCAGGAUUAUGAUAAUUGGGAAGCAUUGGGCAACACCGGAUGGAAAUACAAGGAUGUCUUGAGAUACUUUAAGAAGUCACAGGACAAUGGUAAUAGUGAUUUAUUUGAGAUGUCAGGCAGUGAUUAUCACGCCAUUGGAGGCCCACUGAAGACGGGGACUUUCUACAGUGCCACGGACACUAUGCGGAAUGUAAUCCUGAAUGGGGCUCAAAGUGUUGGAUUCCGCAAGAAUGACGACGUCAACGGUGCUGAUCAGAUGGGUUGGGGCGCAACGCUGGGCACUGUGGCAAGGGGGCGAAGAUACAGUGCAGCCAAAGCCUUUCUCCAACCCGCCGAGAAUCGCACCAAUCUGCAUGUCAUUCUUAAUGCUCAAGCGACCAAAAUUGUUCUCAACGACAAUGGAGACGCUGAAGGAGUGGAAUUUCUGUACAAAGACAAGACAUUCACCGUGAAAUCGUCGAAGGAAACUAUUUUAUCAGCAGGUUCUAUUAAUACUCCACAAAUUCUCAUGAAUUCAGGAAUUGGACCCAAGAAACACCUCGAAUCCUUGGGAAUAGAGGUGAAGAAGGAUUUGUCCGUUGGAUUGAACUUGCAAGAUCACAUAUUUAUCCCGUUCUACCUUAAAUUUCACACCUCAGAACGAUUUGACGCUGAAGCGGCCAAAAGAGAAAUUGCAGACAAUAUUUUCCUCUACAUUCUCCACCAAAUUGGACCUCUAUCAGGAAUUGGAGUGACAGAUAUUAUGGGCUUCAUUAACACUCAAAAUGACACAAGCACUCUGCCUGAUGUUCAAAUACUUAACGCCCACUUCCUCAGAGGACUUCCGUCCUUUUCCACCUUCAUCACAAGAUUUGGCUACAAUGAGGAAAUUACGAACUCACUUUUGGAAGAGUACAAAAGAGGAGAUAUUCUUGUUCACGCCAUUGUUCUCAUGAGACAAAAAGUUCCCGGAAAAAUUGAACUGCGCAGCAAAGAUCCUCUCGAGUAUCCCAAAAUUACAGCCAAUUAUCUCGAGGAUCAGAGUGAAAUUGAGACUGUUAUAAGAGCAAUCAGGAUUCUGCAGAAAAUGUCACAAACGAAGUACUAUCAAAAGCACGAAGCUCAACCAGUUCGUGUGAAAUUGUCUGCCUGUGACAUCUUGGAAGAGGACUCUGACGCCUACUGGGAGUGUUAUGUGCGUCACAUGACCGCCUCUUGCUUCCAUCCAGUUGGAACGGCCAAAAUGGGCCCAGAAUCAGACACUGAAGCCGUUGUCGAUCACGAAUUGCACGUGAGAGGCGUGAAGGGACUUCGAGUGGCAGAUGCCAGCAUAAUGCCAGUUAUUCCCAGCGGAAAUACAAAUGCUCCCACAAUUAUGGUUGGUGAGAAAGCGGCCGAUAUGAUCGCGUCUCAUUGGCAGAAGAUUGACAAAGAAGCUGUGAAGAAAGACGAUUUGUAA